AUGUACACAAACAUCAGAGUUUGGGGAGGCUGGUCCUGGCUGUGUUUGCAGACCUGCUUCUUGCAGUAUAGGCUUCGUGGUCACUGGAAACCAUGGUCCCAGUGAAAGAAAUGGAAAUCUAAACAAUAGGAAGAAUCCAGGAGAGAGGGAGAGAAAGGCUCUGUUCUUUGCUUAUGGCAAAAGACAGGGGAAACGUGAAACAAAGCAAGGAGAAAAAGAACAGAUAAAGAAAUAGAAGACCCAUAUGGGUGACCUAGUAGAAGUGAAGGAGCACAAAAUUCUUCCUUUUGGGUGCUAACAGUGUGGAAGACCUUUUACAGUGCCUGCUCAGUGCUCAGUCUCUUAUGAAGUAUGAAAUUGCGCUAAUAAGUUAUAGCACUCAGCGUCGUACAGGAUGACUGAUGUAAGCUGUCAGCAAAUGUUUGACUUUCCAGGUGAGAUUAGAUUUAGCAUUUACCUUAAUAUAAACAGAAAGAGUGCAGUCAGAAAGCACUUAAUACAGGCAAGUGCUCAAAACCUUGUGCAGGCUGGAGGCUACUAGGAGAUAGCUCUCUUCCUUUCAAGAGUAUCACAGUAUUAUCCAGUGGAGUUUCAAAAUCUUGAUUGUUACUGGGAAUCUCAUUACUGAAGGAGACAGAAAAGUGGCUGUAACUUGCAAGGAUGGCUGAAAUACGAAACUUUACGUGGGCAGUGGAAGAUAUUUUCAAGGAAACUUUUCUCAAUUACAUGAAUGGCUGGAGGAAAAACAUGACAGAAGCGGCAGAUGAACUGCAAGCCAGGGUUGACGCUGAAAAUUUUGACUAUGUUAUCCUUUAUUUGAUGGUGAUGAUUGGAAUGUUCUCCUUCAUUAUUGUGGCGAUCUUGGUGAGUACUGUGAAAUCCAAGAGGCGAGAACACUCCAAAGACCCUUACCAUCAGUACAUCGUAGAGGACUGGGGUGAGAAGUAUAAAAGCCAGGUUCUGAAUCGAGAAGAUCUGAAGUGUGUGAUCCAUGAAAACUUUGGUGCAAAGGACAAAACAAGCCCUGGAUCACCCUGAUGUUUCAGAAACAUCAGCAAUGAGGAAAUCAUGAAGCCACAUGUAGGGAACUUGCUGGAAUUAUAAAUAGCUGUGAAACUGUUCAUUAGAUUAACACAGGUUGAGCUGGAACGGACUGAAGAAAUGCUGAAGAAAUCAACAUAACUGUUUCCUCUGAGAACUUUGACACAGCUGCUCUGGUGAACACCCAAGAAAAAUGCAUGCCUGUGAUCUGCUUUGAUAUUCUGUUCUUCAGGAAAAUAAAGUUGAGAGAGAAUAACUUGAAUUUUUUAGCAAUUUUUUGAAAUCCAGAAGCAGAUCUGGAUUACUGAAUAGUAGGCCUCAGAAGAACGGUAGUUUUCAAGUGCUCAAAAGUGCUGAUUCAGAUCCAAACUGUAUGACAUAAGCCUAUCUUAACAUAA